AUGAUCAGCAGAAUUGCAAUACUCAGAAACGUGCAACGUUGCGGUCCUAAACAUUGCGUGAACUGCUCAUACAGCGUUACUUCGCGCCAAUUUAGCGUCAAUGCUGUGCUAGGAAGAGAGCCUGUUCCCGCUAAAGCACCUCCUAAAACGGUUGAAGACAUAAACAAGUUUGUGCUCAAUGCUAAAUAUGCAGUCAGAGGUCGCAUUCCGUUACUUGCUGAGUCACUCAAGGAGCAACUUGCCCAAAACCCAGAAUCCCUGCCAUUCUCCAAAAUCAUUAACGCCAAUAUCGGAAACCCACAGCAAUUGGACCAAAAACCAUUGUCGUUUUAUCGACAGGUAGUGUCACUUUUACAGAACCCAGAAAUUGUAAAUCAAUUGGCUCCUGAAGAUUUGGCAAAACUUUACAAGCCCGACGUCAUCGAGCGUGCUCAGAGAAUGCUGAAAGAUGUAGGCCGUUCUGUGGGAGCUUAUUCUAAUUCACAAGGUGUCGCUGGAUUCCGCCAAACGGUUGCUGACUUCAUUGCCAAACGUGAUGGAGAACCCGCCAAUGCCAAUGAUAUCUUCCUUACUUCAGGCGCGUCCGGCUCGGUUGCGCAUGUUCUUCAGCUUUUCUGCUCCGGGCCUGAAAACGGAUGUCUCAUUCCCAUUCCUCAGUACCCUCUUUACACCGCCACACUUGCAUUGAACAACGCAACAGCCCUGCCAUACUUUCUUGAUGAAGAAUCUGGCUGGUCAACAGAUCCACACCAGAUUGAAGAGGUUGUUAAAUCAGCAAUAGAAAGGGGCGUCAAACCAAAUGCCAUGGUUGUUAUCAACCCAGGUAAUCCUACCGGUGCUAUUCUAUCUGCGGACAACAUCGAGGGCAUUUUCGAGGUCGCUGCCAAGUACGGAAUUGUCGUCAUCGCCGAUGAAGUGUACCAAGAGAACGGUUUUGACGAUGUUGAGUUCAUUUCCAUGAAGAAAGUACUCAGAGUCUUACAGAAGACUCAACCUGGCGCUUACGACAAUGUCCAAUUAGUUUCUCUACAUUCUAUUUCCAAGGGCCUCUCGGGAGAGUGUGGUCAAAGAGGUGGGUACAUGGAGCUGGUAGGUUUCUCCGAAGAAGUAAAGCAAGUUGUAUUGAAGCUAGCUUCGAUCUCCCUAUGUUCUGUGGUGACUGGUCAGGCUCUGGUGGACUUGAUGGUUCGUCCACCCAGAGAAGGUGAACCUUCAUAUGAACAAGAUCAGAAAGAACGUAAUGAAAUCCAUGAAUCUCUCAAACACAGAUCGUCUUUGUUACACCGUGCAUUCCAAAGCCUAGAGGGAGUUUCUUGUCAGAAGCCUUUGGGUUCAAUGUACUUGUUUCCUAAGAUUGACUUAUCAAAGAAGGCUAUCGCCAAAGCUGAAAGUUUAGGCAUGGCUCCCGAUGAAUAUUACUGUAAAGAACUACUGGAAGCCACUGGUAUCUGCACAGUUCCAGGCAGUGGAUUCCAUCAAGUACCCGGCACAUACCAUGUGAGAACAACUUUCCUUGCACCAGGAACCGAGUGGAUUGAGUCCUGGAAGGAAUUUCACGGAAAUUUCUGGGACGCUCACCGCGAUUAA